UGUGCUCGGAGGGUCUGCUGGCUGCUGGCGCUGUGUCACUUCUCCCCGCAGGCCUCCGCUGUAGGUACGAGCUGGGGAGCCGAGCGGGUGUGCGCUGACGUGGGGCCUACUUUCUCUCUAGGUGAAACGGAACAUAGGCUCGGAAAUGCCAGUGGAGGGGAUGUCUGUGGUGGUCGAGGCGCCUGUGCCCUCUUAGGAAGCAAAUUUAUCUGUAGGAGCUGCUGGGCAAUCCAUGGUUGGAAGCAGGGUCUGCUGUAAGUGUGUGAGGGGAGGAGAGCAUUGUGGACCACACCUAAAGUUAAUAGCCACAAUGUCAAAUAAGGAGGUGAAGGCAGCAUUAAAGAGUGCUAGAGAAGCAAUACGAAAUAAAGAAUAUAAAGAAGCCCUAAAACAUUGCAAGGCAGUCUUGAAGCAAGAAAAAAAUAACUACAAUGCUUGGGUAUUUAUUGGUGUGGCAGCUACUGAGUUAGAACAGCCUGAUCAGGCCAAAGGAGCAUAUAAGAAGGCUAUUGAACUUGAACCGAACCAGUUACUGGCAUGGCAGGGAUUAGCAAACUUAUAUGAGAAAUCCAACCAAACAGAUGUCAAAGAAGACUUAGCAGAUGUUUACCAAAAGCUCUUGGAAUUCUAUGCAAGUGGUGACAAGCAGAAAUGGUGUGAUGUAUGUACGAAGCUUGUGGAGCUAUAUCAUCAAGAAAAAAAAUACUUAGAGGUGGCUGAAACAUGGCAGAAACUAAUAAACAUGAAGCAAAAGGAAGGUGCAGAAAAUACAGAACUUCAUCAGCUUUGGAAAAGGAUGAUCCAGUUACUGAAAGACAGUACACAGUACCAGGAUAAGAAGACUGAGCAGUUGCUUGUGACUGCAUUUGAACAUGCUCUGAAGUCUUUUGACACCAUUCCUGGUGAAGACCACCAAAACCUUUACAAGGACUUCAUUCAGUGCUUGUCAAAAUUUCCUCAUGAAGCAGCUAGGUUGGAAAAAGCCUGUAAUGAUAUGAUGGCUUUGUAUCCUUCUGUGAGUUAUCCUUUAGAAGUGCUUUGCUUGCAUUUUGUUCAGUCAGGUGCUUUGUCUGAAGAGGCCCUGUGCUGUUUUUCUAAGCUUUUGGAGAUGGACCCAAGUAGUGGUCUAAGCAUUAUUGGUUUUGGUGUAAAAAGCCUCCAAGAAAAGAAAUACAAGGAAGCUGUUAAAAGUCUUACUGAAGGUUUGCAGAAGACAAGCCAGUGUCCAGCAGCAUGGCGUUAUUUGGCAGAUGCACAGAUGAAACUGCACAAACACAGAGAUGCUGUCCUGUCCUGCAAUCAAGCUCUCAGGGCUCUUGGAACAUCUGAGGGCCCUAGUCAUCAGUGGAAGAACCUUAUACUCCAGCUGAAAGCAGAAGCUUUGAUUAAAAUAGAUGAUGCCAGUGCUGCAGAAGAAGCCAUUAAAGCAAUUGAGCAGAUCGUGGAUGCAAACAGUGAUCCAGUGCUUUUAGCUAUCAGUGGUCAGGCUUACCUAAAGAAAGGUUUAAUGGAUCAAGCUUCAAAGAUUUCACAAGAGCUUUUGUUGUCCCACCCUGACCUGGCUGAGUCACAUGCUCUAGAGGGUUUCAUCCAUUAUUCCCAAAAGAACUAUGAACAGGCAGAAAGAAGUUUUCUAAAUGCUAUUGAAAGAAAGGCUGAAACUGCAGAGUAUCAUCAGUACCUGGGGCUCACGUACUGGUUCAUGAGUGAUGACACAAGAAAAGACAAAGGAAAAGCACUCACUCAGUUCUUGAAGGCUGCAAAACUGGACAGCUACUUGGGAAGUGUCUUUCGUUAUUUAGGUAACUACUACAGAGACAUUGCUGGAGACAAAAGUAGAGCUCGUGGUUGCUAUAAAAAGGCUUUUGAACUGGAUGGAACCGAUGAGGAAUCUGGAACAGGAGCUGUAGACUUAAGUGUGGAACUUGGAGACAUGGACACUGCUCUGUCAAUCCUGAAUGAAGUAACUGAAAGAGCAAGUCCUGGUACAGCAAAAUGGGCCUGGCUUCAUCGUGGACUUUACUACCUGAGAACUGAUCAGCCGUCACAAGCAGUGGCUGAUCUGCAGGCAGCUGUCAGGGCUGAUCCGAAGGAUUCCAACUGCUGGGAGUCUCUAGGGGAGGCUUAUUUGAACAGAGGUAGCUACUCAACAGCUCUAAAAUCCUUCAGGAAAGCAAGUGAGCUGAACCCAGGGCUCGUGUACAGCGUUUACAAAGCUGCAGCAGUUGAGCAGAUUCUAGGGAAAUAUGAAAAUGCUAUAGCGACCUAUCAGCAAAUUUUAAAGGGUGAAGAAGAUUAUGUGCCUGCGCUGAAAGGACUUGGUGAAUGCUAUCUGAGCUUGGCAAGAUCAGCCCUUGAUAACUUUUUUGAUAGAAAGGCUAUGGAUUGCAUAGAGCAGGCUCUUGAAUUUUUUACAAGGGCAACAAAGCAACGUCCUGAUGUAUCUUGCCUCUGGAAACUGCUUGGAGAUACCUGUACUAGCGUGCAUGUUGCUUCACCAUCUAAAGUGUAUGUUCAAGUUCUAGGAUCCCUUCUGGGUAAAAAUGCAGCCACACGGAGGCUGAAGAAAAGUGAGCUGCUUGUACUGGGAGGAAGGUGUUAUGGCAGAGCUUUAAAACUGAUGCCUUUGCCUAGCAUAUGGUGUGAUCUUGGAAUAAAUUAUUAUAGACAAGCAGAGCACCUCACAGCGGUGGGAUCUGAUAUGAAUGAGAUCAGUGAACUGCUAGAGAAGUCUUUACAGUGUCUCAAAAAAGCUGUGAGGCUUGACAGCAAAAAUCAUCUUUAUUGGAAUGCACUUGGUGUGGUUGCUUCCUGUAGUGCUAUUGGGAAUUAUGCUCUUGCUCAACAUUCGUUCAUCAAAUCUGUUCAAGCUGAGAAAAUCAAUGUUGUUGCCUGGACCAACUUGGGGGUUUUGUAUCUGACAACUGGAAAUAUUGAGCAAGCUCAUGAAGCCUUCAAGAUAGCACAGUCUCUGGAGCCUUCUUACUUACUGUGUUGGAUAGGGCAGGCUCUUAUUGCAGAGACAGUAGACAGCUAUGAUACUAUGGAUCUUUUCAGGCACACAACUGAACUCAGUAUGCAUACUGAGGGAGCAAAAGGCUAUGCCUACUGGGUAUGUUCAACGCUGCAGGAUAAAAGCAACAGAAACACUGAACUAUAUCUGUACAACAUUGUUCAGAUGAAUGCUAUUCCAGCAGCCCAGGUGGUCUUGAGCAAAUAUACAGAAAGAAAUCCAGAUGAUGCAUGUUCUUUCAUGAUGCUUGGUUAUUUGAAUGAGCACCUGAAUCUAAAAAGGCAGGCAACAGAUGCCUAUGAGAGGGCAGCUUCAUUGCUGAAAAACUCUGCUGAUACUGAGAAAUAUAAUACAGCAAUGCAAAACUAUGGCAGGUGUCUGUGUGCCCUUGGCGAGUGUGAUAAGGCCAUUGAGGUUUAUACAUCAAUACCCUUAACAAAGUUUGAUGGCAUUGUGGGGAUAGCAUUAGCCUACUUCAAGAAAGGACUCAUACAAGAAAGUAUCAAAGGUAAGCAUCUGCCUAAUUCAAAGCAUUAUGGGACAAAUCUCUUGAGAGUAACCUUAUUUUUUUAUUUUGUCUGA